AUGGCAGCAACCAGUACAAUUUCCGCACAAAUAGAUCCUUGCGAGAUGAUUCUAUUACCUACUACACAUAUUACACUACCUGGACCAGAAUAUCGUAACAUAACGAAACGACUUUCUAGUGCUUGUAAUUUUUGGAUUAAGUGUCCCAAAGAUAAAAGGAAAGUCUAUGGUGACAUUGGAGAUAGCCUUUUUAAUAUGGCACUAAUAGCAGAUGAUAUCGAAGACGAAACAAUACUCCGCCGAGGAAUUCCUACCGCUCACAUGAUUUACGGAAUUCCGUUAACUCUACAUGCCACUAUAUACAAGACGACUUUACUAUUUGAAAAGUUAUUAUACCAUUUAAAAGACGAUAAGGAAAUCGUCGUUGAUGGGUUUAUUAAAACAGGUAUUGAAGCCUUCACUGGACAAGGGGUAGAAAUAUACCACAGGGAUAUUAUUGAGUGCCCUACUUUUGAUGAUUACCGAGUAAUAAUUCACGGCAAAUCCGCUGCUAUCUUAAUCUGGGGUGUCCAAUUGCUACAACUAUUUGCCAAGAAGAAAAGAAUUGACUUUAGUGCUGAUUUUUGGGAUAAAAUGGUUCAUUUCAUUCAGAUAUAUAAUGACUAUAUAAAUUUACACAAUCCAAAGUAUGCAACUAUUCGAGUCUACUGUGAUGAUCUUGACGAAGGAAAAUUCAGCUUUCCUAUUAUACAUGCUAUUCAAAGUCAUCCGGAGGAUAAUCGUCUUUUGAAUAUGUUAAAAAGCAGACCUUUGACUAUCGAAAAUAAGAAGAACUUUGUAGAGAUAUUGGAAAGUUUUGGAAGUUUCGAAUUUAGUCGUAACGUGUUAGAAGAUUUGAAAAAAGGGAUACUUGAGGAAGUUAUCAAAAUGAAACUGGAUAAAAAUAUACAACUAGAACGAGUUCUUGAAGAUAUAUUCACCCAUUUAGAAACUGAAAUUUUUGCAGAUGGUUGCGACUAAAUUUGAGCAUAGUCGUUACAUGUCUCGCUAAAGUAAUAGUUUACGAAAGAAAUAUUGAGCUUAUCCUUACUUAAAAAAAUUAUGAAAAAUUCCCAAAUAAUUACCUAUCUCAGUACAGUACACGUAUAUCUUCACUUAGAUUUAGGCUGCCAGUGGUGGUGGUUCUUCUGGGUAUAUUAGUAGUUGGUUCUCUGCAUUUAAACUAGAUAGAAAAUAUGGUUUAGCCAAGAGUUUAUCUG